GACGAUAGAUUGACGAGAGAGAAACGCAGGAACCCCGUUGAGCCAAAUCUGACACAUAUUCCCUGCUAUCUCUCGAUUCUCAAUAUGAGCAUGACCCAAUUCGCUAUGGUUGAGGAAUUGGCAUCUCUUGUCAAGGACAAUCUUUCGUGCAAGCAUCUUAUUCUCUCGGUGGAAGAGGCUUUGGUGGACUUCCUUCAGAGUGAUACCAGUGCCAAUGGAGUCUUGCAGUUGGAACCAAUGAACUCAUACAACCGUCUUCUCUUGCAUCGUCUUGCGGAUAUAUUUGGAUUUUCCCAUGAAUCUGUUGGUGAAGGAGAGGAUCGGCAUUUAGUUUUGGAGCGAUGCCCGGAGACAUCAAUACCCUCCAUCCUUGUCAGUGAUAUUUUGUGGCAGUAUGAUGAGCCUGAAUCUCCAAUGACUUCACACCUAUUAUUAAAGAGGUCAGAAGCCCCUCCAGUGUUAAGGAAGAAAUCUCCUCCACUUCAACAUUCACUGGAGGAGAGAGAAGCAGCAUAUUUGGCAGCUCGUGAGCGAAUAUUUUCGAGGGAUUUGGGAGAAGUACAGGAAUCUGCCACUCAGAGGCAACGCAACGUUCCUGUGGUUGCCCGGCGGAUGAUAGCACAUGCCCUAGGCAAAAGAAUCAACCCACCUAGUCAGGAUGCCACUCAUGAGGAUUCCAACGCAUCUAGAGUGCUGAGUGAUAAAGUGAAUUGUCAAGGCAAGGUUGAAGUUGAGACCAAUUUGAUUGUGGAAGCAUGUCAGCAGACCGUAACUCCUUUGGACCAAAAUGUGAACUCCUGUGGUGAAGUGAAAAAGAACAACCCCAGUUUGAGUGCAUCAUCCCCAACAAGGAAGACAAACCCAAAACAAGAUGUCAACAGCAUACCUCAAAAUGGAAGAAAAGGAAACGGUGCAGAUGAGGAAGACAUCAAAAGGGAACAUUUGGGUGCAGCAAAGAGGAUGUUUGCUCAUGCCCUAGGAAUGCGCUCAGGGAAGAAUGGUGUUUCAUCAAAAGGCAGUGAGAUAAAGCAUGCUAACAUGGAGUGAAGUCAUGAAAAGCAUACUGGUUAUUGGGUUCAUUUACUUUUGGUACUCAGCAAACAUCAACUGCGGUGUUGGGGUCUCUUCAGUCACACAACGGAUUGUUUAUGGGCAGGGAAUGAUGGCGCGGAUGAUAUCAAUGGAGAUGAAUGGGAGGAAAGUGAUCGUUUUGGUACAUGUUGGUUGCUCACUUGUAUGGAUGCACACACAUGAUAAUCCUCGUAGCGAGCUGAUAUCUGCAGAUAUUUGUGUAAAAACAAAGUCGAUCAUGCAGCUGGGAUAUUUUGGAUGAUGGGGUUGUUGGCUGUACUUGAUAAGUUAUUUUGAGGAAGCUAGAGGCAUGCAUAACCUUAACUGAGUGUCAUUUUGGUGUGAUCAAGUACAAUAUUUUGUGUCAAAGUUUCUCGUCGUAAUUGGUGGUGUUACCACUCAAUUUUAUGGGAUUCUAUUUUCUAUUUUCUUCGUUCCGUUAAGAGUGUUCUACAGGGUGUACAAUAUUAUGAAGGUUAUCUUGUUUGUGAAGAGAUGCAUUCUGUACAAUGCAUGUUGACUCUGGCAUUCCGGGCAUUUUUGACCCUGAAACUUUUACAUGAACUUUUGUUAAUCGUAAGGUACAAUUUAGUCCGUUGAAGCACACAAAGAUGAUCAUUG